AUGAGACUUUCGCUCGCUGCCGUCGUUAUUUGCGCUUCGUGCUGCUUGUGCUAUGAUGCAUACGAGGACACGAGGGUCAUGGCGCGGGCGUAUCCCGCCCAGGUGAAAAUACCGUUCCAUCGGAAAAUCCACAUACUGAACGCCCAAAAGUCCAAAAGGUCCCCAAAAGCCCUGCCAACCGAGAUCAACAGGCACAACAACAAGAAGCGAUACUUGACGGCGGUCAAAGACUCCUAUACGGUGUUCCCGCCGAUCGGAAUGAGGGUAAAGAAGGUUAACGAUUUCCCAGAGAGCCCCUUCUUCCCCUUAGACGCGCUGUUCGACCAGAAACCUAACAAGGUCAUCAAGAAGAUGCUACCCGACUACGGCUUGCAACACCUCAGACUGAAGCGAUCCGUGGGAAACACGAAAGCGAGCGUUAAUGGCAAAACUACCAAGAAGAUCGACGCUAAAACUAAAGAUAAGAAGGCCGAAACAAAGAGUAUGAGUAAUAAAACGAUUGACAAAAGCAGAGUCGCGCGCAAACAGAAUCCAGGCGGUGCCAACAGUAAGAGCAAAUCGUUGAAAAGACGCACGUCUAGAGUCCCUGUGAACAAGGCGAAAAUACAGAAGAAGCAACCCGCCAAUCCACCAAAAGAACCGACGAACACCAUUACGAAGAAUAAAAGGACAGCAGACAAGAGGAACCUGCGAACACAAAACAAAGCGAACAGACCGUCGAAACAGAGCUUGCGAAGUGGCCCAUCGAGACACAACAGGAAUCCGAAAUCGAGUCUGAGGAGUCGCCCCAACAAAGUCAAACGCAGCGGAAAGCAGAAAUCGAAGGCGGUUAAGCGCCCGCAAGCGCAGCGCGACCGCAAAGUAAAUGUGGGCAGGCGUCUGAUCGCCGGGAGGGACGCUAUGAUCGAGGACUACCCUUACGUAGUCUCCAUACAAAAGGCGGGCGAGCACUGGUGCGCCGGCGCGCUGCUCAACCCCCGCCUCGUUAUCACCACCGCCAACUGCGUUUGGAAGUCGGAGCGGGUAGCCAGGCUUAGGGUGCGGGCUGGCACGCGUCACAGUGACCGUGGCGGGCAAGUGGCCAGGGUUCAGGAGAUGAUGCGCCACCCCGGCUGGAGCAUUCGCAACAUCCCCGACAACGACGUCGCUCUGCUACUCCUGGACAAGAGUAUAAGAUUCUCACACGACGUGCACGCAGUGGACUUGCCCAAUCUCGCUAUGAUGCCCGCCUUCGACGACGCUUGGGUUACCAGUUGGGGUAGCGACAGGCGCGACGGUAUUUACGAUAGAGGGGAUCUGUCGCUGCAAGCUUACCAAGGCCGCCUAAUGGACCGCCAGAAGUGCAACAACGUAACGGAGCGCUUCGGCGUGUACGUCACGCACAAUUUCUUCUGCAUGACCCAAGCCGGCAGGAGGUCGCCGUGCACCAGGGACACUGGAGCGCCGGCUGUAAGCGAUGGGGUGCUUUGGGGCUUAGCGUCAUGGGGAAUACGCAAAUCAUGCGGUACGGAGCGAUUUCCAGCCAUGUUUACUUAUAUCGCAGCGGAUUCCAUAAUGAAUUUCAUCAAAAACGCAACGCACCUCCUCAUGUCCGACGAGAGGUUCUAUCCGUACCUAGAUCGACUUACCCAAUAUGGGACUUUUGCCUUGUGGGAGAACAAGAAUCAAAAAACAUUGAGUUUGUAUAACACUCCACCUGCUGUUGAACCAUGCUUAUUUAGCAAAGCUUGGCGCCAACUACCAUGCAUUUCUAUACAGCAAGCACGCUCAAAUGACACGUUUAAAAUGAAAAUUAGAAAACUAAAGCAGUCCUGUGAACAGCGAGUUUUUCACCAAUCG